GUCAACUGCAGUAGUGGAGCCAGAAUUCUAGUUGGGGAACCAUUAAGACUAUAUCCCCUGGGCGGGGACAGGAGUUCGGCGCGUGGGUAGGAAGCGGCCACGGCGGGUGUUGGAGGAGCAAAAUGGCGGCGGCCACUGCCGCGCAGCUCACCGAUGAGGAGCUUUUCUCUGAACUGAAGCGACUCGGUUUCUCGCCGGGACCGGUGACGGAAAGCACCAGGCCAGUCUACAUAAAAAAGCUAAAGAAGCUGCGAGAGGAAGAGCGGACGUCUGGGGCCCACGGCGUUGUAGCCAACAAGACCCGGAACAGUAACAACAAUACACCGGGGGCAAGCGGCGGCGGCGGCUUGGGAGCUCGGUUGGGCAGCCCCGACCUCUCGUCUUUGUCCGGAGUAAUUGGCGGCGCUGGCGUCCGGGCCCGCGCAACUCCCUUCGGCGGAAGCGGUGGCAAAGUCCUGCUGGGCUUCAGUUCUGACGAAUCGGAUGUGGAGGCCAGUCCCAGGGGCCAGGCUGGCGCCGCUGCCAGCCGGAGGGAACGGGGUUCAGCCUCACGUCGGGACCCGAGGCCUGCAGGCGCGUCGGGCGCCGCCUGUCUCAAUCAUAGUGCCUUGGCAGGGUCGCCGGCUCGCAGGAAGCCCAAUGCCUGGUGGGGAGCGACGGCUAGACGGGCGACGGUCACGGCGGGGACUCGGGAGCAGACGGAGGGCGAGAGAACGACCGGGGACGAGGAGGACGCCCAGAAAGAGGAGGCCGAGCCGAGGCGGGAGCGAUGCAAGAGCCGAGCUGUGAACGGGAACAGGCUGCUCACCUCCGGCAGCGCAAAUAUGAGGGACAAGUAUUCGGACUCGGAGGAAGAGGACGAAGUCGCGGCUACCCAGCAGGGGCUAAAGGAGGAGUCCCUUACUCGCCACUAUGUCUACAGGAAGAAUCUUUGUAAAUCGGUCAACCCCUUCUCCGCUCGCAGAGGUGUUGCAGCCGGCGACGGCUUGCUGGAGGCGGGUCAAGGGCAAGGCUCUGCGGUUGGCAGUGGCUUUGCGGGGAAUGUUGGGGCCGCCGGCGGUAGUAAAAACGCCGAAAGAGCGGACAGGCGAGAGGAGGAAGAGGAGGAAGAAGAAGAAAUACUAUCAGCCAGAGGAGAUGGCGAUUAUCUGGACUCAAAUCCACUUAGCCCCCGAUACCGCGGCAGUUUUUCCAAGAAAGCCAAUCAGCUGUUACUGCCGCCACUGCUACCUGACAUAGAUCAUAGCAAAAUAACUGAUCCUUUAAGCAGUAGUAGGAAACCAGCCAACAAUCAUAUUCUCCCUGAUGCAAUCGGGGGCUACAGUAUUGAACCAAGCAUUUACAGUGCUACCAGUAGCCUGGCUUCAGGUGCUACCAGCUCAGCAUCCACUAGAAUUAAUCACUCCAAUCAUACAGGUUCCAAUCAUACAUAUUUGAAAAAUUCUUACAACCCAAAGCUUUCGGAACCUGAAGAGGAUCUGUUGCAGCAGUUUAAGAGAGAAGAAAUAUCCACCACAGGAAGUUUCAGUGCUCAUUAUUUGUCCAUGUUCCUCUUAACUGCUGCAUGUUUGUUCUUUCUGGUGUUGGGAUUCACUUACCUGAGAAUGAGAGGAUCUGGAAUAGCUGAGAAUAUGAGAAUUGAGAAUAAUAAUCCAACUGUUGGAGAACCCAAUGUAAAAGUAGACCAAUCAAUUCUCAUGAACUGUUUAUAUAGACUCCAUGAAAAGUUGGCACAAAUGGCAGGUGAUCAUGAAUGUGGAAAUUCUGUAAAAAAGGGGCUUUCCAUCCAAGAAGCAGCUACUUAUUUAAAAAGUUUAGGUCCAGAAUAUGAAAAUGCAUUUAAUGACUCCCUGAAAUGGUUAUUAAAUAGUGGAGAAGAUGUUGGUAUAAAAUGUGUUGGUAACGGCUCAGAUGAAGAAUCUAUAACUGAUACAACUGAUAUAAAGUAUCUAGUAUCAACUAGGCCACAGAUGACCCUUACAUGUCGUUUUCGUCGUGCAUUUAUUACUGCAACCUGUAGAUCAUUCAUUCUGCUGAUAGGUAUUGGAAUGAUUUGGGGAAUCAUAAAAUAUAUGAAGUAUAGAUGGUACAAAGAAGAGGAAGAGACCAGGCAGAUGUAUGACAUGAUUGUAAAAAUUAUAGAUGUUCUAAGAUCUCACAAUGAAGCAUGUCAGGAAAACAAAGAAUUACAACCAUAUAUGCCUAUCCCCCAUGUUCGAGAUUCUUUGAUUGCACCAAAAGACAGGAAAAAAAUGGAAAAAGUAUGGAAAAGAUCUGUUGAUUUCCUUGCUGCUAAUGAAUCUAGAGUUCGCACAGAAACACGAAGAAUAGGUGGUGCUGAUUUUAUGGUAUGGAAAUGGAUACAGCCGUCUGCAUCAUGUGAUAAAAUGCUAAUCAUGCCAUCUAAAGUGUGGCAAGGUCAAGCAUUUCAUUUAGAUAGAAGAAAUUCACCACCAAAUAGUUUGACCCCUUGCUUAAAGAUUCGCAAUAUGUUUGAUCCAGUAAUGGAAAUCGGUGAUCAUUGGCAUUUGGCUAUUCAAGAAGCAAUCUUGGAAAAGUGCAGUGAUAAUGAGGGAAUAGUUCACAUAGCAGUGGACAAAAAUUCACGGGAGGGUUGUGUAUAUGUCAAGUGUUUAUCUCCAGAAUAUGCUGGAAAAGCUUUUAAAGCAUUGCAUGGAUCUUGGUUUGAUGGCAAGUUGGUAACAGUAAAGUAUCUGCGAUUAGAUCGGUAUCAUCAUCGUUUUCCACAGGCUGUUGCUUGCAGUGCUCCUCUGAAACCAUCAAAUACACAUAUGAACUCGAUGUCUCAUCUUCGUCUCCGGACAGGCACAUCCAACAACCAGGGAAACUCCUGAGACACUUAUUGUACUAGAACUGUUGACUUGCAGCAGGAGGUUUUCCUGUCUGGCCUUGUCUUCCACUUUUACUACUUUUUGUAUGUUAACAUUUCCAUUAAUCAUUUUUCAGUCUCAUUUUUUAGAAUGUCUGAGUAAUGGGUAGUACUGAAUUAAAAGAACAUUGGCUAUAAAAUGUUUUAGAGUCCAAGCAAAUCAACAUAUUAUGUUUUGCAUGACAAAUGUUGAGUUUAUUAAGCAUUCUCAGAUAAUGGCUGAAUUUUUGCACCAACAAGUGUAUGAUAACAGUCCAAAAGCAUGGAGAUACUGUAUUUCCAUAGUUUCCUGUGAAAUAAUCUUGUGGGUAUUUUGUAACAAAAGCCACCUACAAUUUUUGAUGGAAGAUGAAUAGAUGUGUUAAUUUCUGUCUAGUAAUUAGUUUUUAUUGCUGUAAAACUUUAUUUGUGUCAAUCUGGGAAUGGGAAGAAUGCUGGCUUUAGUAGUUUUAGAGCAGAAAACAACUGAAUGCAGAUGUGCUGGUUUUGUAUAUAAACAUUGGUGGUGGCAGCACCAGCAAGUAACUUGUCUGCUUCAAAGCAGUGAAUAAGCUUCCUAUUUUAUUCAUAACCAAUGUUUUAUUUAAUUUGGCUGUAUUAUUAUCCAAGGGCCAAAUACCUUGAAGUAUUAGAUACAAGUUAAAUAUCUUUUGUAGGUUUUAUAUUAAAAUAUAUGGUUAUGAUUUUUGUGUGAAUGGUCUAAUAUUGUUACUGUGAUAAUGGAUUCAAAAUCGUGAGCAAUAAAGAAGUAAUUGGCAGGUACUCACUUUGUGAAAAGUUAUUUACUACAAAAGAAAAUCUCUUAAAUAUACUAAUGGGGAGUAUAUUUUCCAUUAAAAUUUGCUACCUAAAUGUGCACAAAUUUAAAAAAUGCACAUAUUGGAAAUAAAUUCUUGAUAGAGGGUAGAAAUACAGUACAUAGAGAUUUUUAUAUGUUCUAUAUUAAAUGUGUGCAUUGUUUACACCUUUAAAAUUACAAAAAAUACAAAACAUUUUGAAACAUAACCUGAAAAUAUAAAAUAAUUUGAUAUAGUGAUUCCUGUUGAAGCAACAUAAUGUGUUGAUCCAGUUGAAUAUUAUAUAGGUGAAAGAAUGGAAAACGAUUUAAAAAAAUAGUCCAGUUUUUAUUGUAGAUACGACCUUGCAGCAUGAACUUGCACAAAUAAUGCACGUUUUUUUUUAAUGGAUAAAUGAACAUGACACACAUUUGUGUAAUGAAAAAUCCUACUGUGCCUUAUCCUUGUGCUUUUUUUGUGGGCAACAUAUUUAAUAAUGGACUGUUUCUUAUCUGGAAAAAAAUUUGGUCAGUUUUUGUCUAGGAUGCUAACAAAUAUAUGUAAUAUAAUCAGCCACACAAAGUUCUACUCUCAAAGAACAAGUACAUAUUUUUGACAAGAGAGUAGAUUUUGACAGGUCUGUUAGGUUUUUCAUGAAACUUACUAUAUACAUAUACAAAUAUGUAUAAUAUACAUGUAUAUGUAUUUAUGUGUAUAUAAUCAGGUUUUGCUGUAUUUGUGCAUCAUAGUGAUUUAUUGUUCUGAUCUUAGUAACCAUUUUGUGACCUAUUACAAGUGUGAAUGUAAAAUUAAAUUGUGGCAGUUUAAAACGUUGCCUUUUGAUGCAGAUGCAUCUUCUUCUAAACUAUGUGUAAACCCUGUACAUUUGUUAUAGUAAACUGUACCAUUAUGUAGCCUAUUUUAUCUUUAAAAUGUUGACCGGUUUUCCUCCCUGCAAGACAGAUGGAAAUGUGUAUAAUACCAUGGACACUUCAGAAAGUCAGAUGUUUGUAAUUUGUCCUGUAAAAAUAUAAAAGCAAAACAAAACCAAUUAAAGAUUUAUUAGGGCUUUUUACACUCGUGUCAGUUCUU